CCACCACUGAAACCUGGACAGUGCCUAAAGACUAUUACAAUGCACUUUGUUUAUCAAGGAGGAAAUUAAGAUUAUCUUUCACUUCAUACUCCAAAAUAUUGUAGGGCACAUAAAAGCAUAAAGGUAGAUUUGAACAAAAACACAGUGACCUUGACUUGCUUUGAUGUAGACCCAAGGUUAAGUCGUAAUUCAAUAAAAAAAUCCUAUCAACUACUGUCAAGAUGCCAUAAGGAAGUACGGUAAAGUUGUUAUUGUUUUUGCUGCAGCUUUGAUUUAUGCAUUGCUUUCUAUAAACAAUGAUUAACCUGGACUUUCUUAUAAAAACAUAUAUCUCCUCACCGUCAGUAAACCAUCAUUUCAAUAUACUGUAUGUAAGAAGUACCUUCCAAGCUGAAGAAUGGAGACAUUCUCAGUGACGAUGGUUGUGUGUUUGCUUGCUGGUCUAUCUGAAUGCCAGACUGGAGGUGAGACCAAUAUCACUAGGCUGACACACGAAGACCUGGAGGAUAACUCGGUAGAGAAGGAUGCUCUCCAGAAUUUAAACCAAGGGCUAGAAACGCCAGCCAUUUUGACAACAAGCUCAACAACAACAACAACAUCAACAACCCAGCCAAGCUGUGAACCACCCAUCUACACUGUGCUGAAGGAGCUGGGGGCUCUGGGAGAAAGGCUUGCAGCUACUGUGACAGCCAUGGAGGAAACAAACAAAAAGCUGGAGGCCAAUGAGAAGAAGCUGGCUGCACUGGACAGGAGAGUGACUGAACUGAGUGCAGUGGAUCAAGGACAUCAUCGGGUUGCAUUUUCUGCUACAUUAGGCACAGAUGGCACCAUUGGUCCUGUAAAUAUUCUUUAUGCUCUGGUGUACAGAAAUGUUCUGUCCAACAUUGGAGGACAUUACAGCCCAGUCACAGGUUAUUUUACAGCACCAGUGCAAGGAGUCUAUUUCUUCACUUACACUUCCUUCUUCUGGGGAGGUGAUGGAACCAGUGGUGGCAGUUUGUACCAAAAUGGAAACCAGAUAGUGUCAUGGUACGGUCAUGCUCCAUCUCACCCCAUCACUGGAUCUAACAGCGCUAUCUUGCAGCUACAAGUUGGAGACAAUGUUAAUGUUCGUCUUUGGGGUGAUAGGAGGAUUAGUGAUAAUGUAAAUAAAUAUUCUUCAUUCAGUGGAUAUUUGCUUUUCCCUGUGUAACAUGUUUCAAACAGAUCAAACUUUCAAUAAUGGUUAGAAGAUUAGUGAUGUGACUUUCUGUAGCUGUAAACACUAUGUUGUGUAAUAAGAAUGUGAUUCUUGUAUUGGAAAGUUUUUAUCUGUUAUAGGCUACUGAUGUGUGAUCUUUCUCCUAAAUCUGCAGUUUCUAUUUUCAUACGAAUAUCUAGACAGAAUGUACAGAUGUUUGCAUACACCUUUCAUAUCCAUAACUGCAUGCUUUUCAUAUUUUCUAUACUCUAUGAUCAGUAUGCUUUUUUACUUUAUAUAUUAUAAUCAAUCAGUUAUAGUACCCAUUAUAGUACUAUUAUUUACAAAAGAAACCAUAGCUUAUUCUGCCUCCAUACAAUAGGCUACACAUCUCCCUCCCUCUUGUGCUCCUCAACAGUUUGCAGCCUCUGGCAAAAGGCCAAUUUCAAUAGCAGGAAGAGGUCUUGCGGCAAGAUGCAA